AUGGAGAACAUUUGCUUCAUGGCAAUUGGUGAAACUAGCGAGGUAAGACCUUAUCACUGUUCUAACUGUAGUGAAACUCAAGAAUUGCUUGAUCAAAUACUUGAGGAUUUUAAUAGAGUGUUUAAUGAGUAUAAGAAACUUAAGAGAGAAAGAAGGGACUGGGAACUUAAACUAAAAGUAGUUGAAAUAGAAAGGGAUCUUCUUCAAGAAGAAGUUGCGGACUUGAAAUUGCAGCUUAAUGGGUUGCGUAGGUCCACCAGCCAUAGCUCAGUUAGAUCUAACCAGUUGACCCGUAACAACAAGUCAACUCGGAAAAGACCUAUCAGUGAUAGUAAUACCUCUGAAAAUCUAACGGUAUGUCAAACAAUUAUGAGGAGACAGAUCAGUCUAAUAAAAGCUUUCAAACAACUGAAAGGAAGUCUCCAAAAAAUAUUCAUAAGUCGACUACUCAGUCAUUCUCUGAAAAACACUCUUUUCAAAAAUGUUUCUGCUGUGGAAAAACGGGUCAUAAAUAUCUUCAAUUUAGAUUUCGCUACACAUCUUCUCCAGGUUGGAUAUGGAAGCCCAAGACCAAUCAUCAAAGCACUAACUCUUAAGGACCCAAGGAAGCUUGGGUACCUAAAAGAAAGUAGCUCCUUUGUUUUGCAGGAACACCACAAGAAAAAAUCAAAAGGGAAAUGGUAUCUAGAUAGUGCGUGUUCCAGUCACAUGACAGGCGACAAAAGCUUGUUCAAAUCAAUCGCAGACAUUGAUGGAGGAUUAGUUACUUUUGGUGAUAACUCAAUAGGAACAGUAAUUGGUACAGAAACUAUUUCGUUUAAUAACUCUUGUGAUAUCACUAAUGUUUAUCUUGCUGAAGGACUCAAAUGUAACCUCUUAAGUAUCAAUCAGCUAUGUGAUUCUGAUUUAAAGGUAAGAUUCAAGAAAACAGGCUGUGUCAUAGAAGACAAAACUGGAAAAGAAAUUCUUCCUGGCAGCAGAACAAAAAAUGUGUAUGUGCUUGACUCUGUUAAAAGUCCAGCUGGACACUUUUGUUUGGCUUCAAUGGGAGAAGAUCCUUGGGUUUGA